GAAUAACGAAGGCGAGAGCUUCUUCUUAUACCACAAUAAAACUCACAUUCAUAAAAUGGGAUGUACCAAUAUCCAAUUCACUUACACUUACCCUUUCCUCCAUAACUAACAUACCAUGAAUUAUGGAAUGAAUUCGUGUUCAUUUCCCGCCACAAUUCAGUAAUUUUGGUUGCAUUCCGAUUUCAUCUUCAUUUGAAUUUAACAUUUCGGAUUCAAUUUCCCAUCACUACUCAUCACGCAUUAUAUAAAUUCAAGCCCUUCUCUCCUUUCCCCCUUCAUUUCAUCACUCUCCCUUUUCCUUCUCUGCGCCUCUCUCCUAAUUCUACGGAACCACCAUGAGAGCUCUCAGGAACGCCGUCGUCACUCACAAGAAACCCAACCCACAGAAGCUGAAGCAGAGAAAAGCUGAAAUGAAAUCCACGAAAAGCAAGAAGAAAGAUCAAAAUGCUCCAAAACGUCCAGCUACGACAUUCUUCGUUUUCAUGGAGGAAUUUAGAAAGACGUACAAGGAGCAAUUUCCUGAUGCAAAAGCUGGUCCAGUGGUCGGCAAAGUUGGUGGUGAGAAAUGGAAGUCCAUGUCUGAUGCUGAAAAAGCUCCGUAUGCUGAAAAAGCUUUGAAAAGAAAGGCAGAGUAUGAAAUAGCUCUUGAAGCAUACAAGAACAACCUCGUAAUUAAAUUGUUCCCACUCUAUCUCUACUUUCACUCUUUCUCCUUCACUUCGUCAGAAGAUGAUCACCACGGUUUUAUUGAUCAUCGAAUCUCUCUUCUCUCUAACAUCUCAUGGUUCACAGAAUUGCCCUCAGAAUCACAGAAUGCCAACAGAAUCACAGAAAUCAACCUCUGAGGUCAAUGAUGACACAGAGCAGGAAGCUAGCUCUAGCUCUUAGAUUUUUGCAGGACUUGAGUGUCCAUUACAGGUAACAGAUCAAUCUCCAUAUCUUUUUCAAUAAAAGUUUCAUGGUUAUGAGGACGAAAGAUAGCAAGUAAAGGGGGUGGAAUGGAAGGCAAGAAUUUGAAUAACUCUAAACAAUUUUAGGACAAAAUAUUUCUUUCGAUCAUAUGUAUAUAUAUUCUGCGUACAGCUCUGGUGGUUGGUGAACUCAACUCUCUUGAAAUUAUUAGGGUUGCAUAUUUUGAAUUUUCCGUUUUAAAUUUCGUAUGGAUAAAGGGGAAAAAGAUCUUAGUUUCAAAAUUCUGUUGGUGUGUUAUGGUGUUGUCUUCUAAUGCAAGUCUUUUGUCUUAA